AUGGGAGAUGCUCCAAGUCCCCAUGAAGCAAUUCAUCCACUACCUUCCCCACCAAGAUCCAACAUCAACAUGUUGUACUACGGCCUCGUCGUGGUCGGUACAGCAGCAAUCGUGCUUGCACUUUACAAUCUCAUAGUAAUAAAGAUGUGCGCAGAUUUCACUGAUCAUGGGUCCCGACAAAGAGCUGGCCGUGGCCGGGCAGCCGCCACCACCUGGAGGCUCCACACCUGGAAUAUAGACUUUGUUUCCAGUUUCAAGUACAAGAAAGAUGAAGCGGCGGAAGAUGAAGGUUAUGAUUCUCAGUGUUCAGUUUGCUUAUCGGUGUUUGAAGAAGGGGAAGAAGUAAGGCAGCUACCCAAGUGCAAUCACUUAUUCCAUGCUCAGUGUAUUGAUAUGUGGCUCUAUUCCCACAUGGAUUGUCCCCUUUGUCGUUCGCCGGUGGAGCCGCCCAUCACCCAGCGACGUGCAGUCCCUGAGCGGCAGGAGCAUUCCCGUGAAGGGUUGCUAGGUCCAAGCAGCUUAGUUUAG